UUUUCUUCCCUUGUAUCGCGGGGCGGGGGUCAGUGUCUCAAGGAGCAGGAACCGCGGCCUCAGAUGAGGGGCACUGGGCUCCAAAUCCCUCGGAACAUCGGAUCCGGGGGAGGCGCCGGGGCCUCUGGGUCAGGAGCCGGGCUCGAUCCCGCGCGGCCGAGAGGCGGCGCUGAUCCCAGGUCCCGCGAGGGCCAGCGGACCUCGGGAGGGGGCGCCCGAUCCCGCGACUCCGGCGCCGCUUCCCGGGAAGUUUCAAGUUUGAAAGCCCUGGCGGAGGGGCCGGGGCUUCCGGAACCGGAGUGGUCGAGAGGAGGGGCCGAGCUGCCCGAGCGGCGCCAUGGAAGAGGGGGCGCCGCAGCAGCCUGGGGCGGGCCAGUGGCCCCCAGGGGAUGAGAAAGAGGCGAUCCGCCGGGCCAUCCAGAAGGAGCUGAAAAUCAAGGAGGGUGUGGAGAACCUGCGGCGGGUAGCCACUGACCGCCGCCACCUGGGCCACGUGCAGCAGCUGCUGCGGUCCUCCAACCGCCGCCUGGAGCAGCUGCACGGGGAGCUGCGGGAGCUGCAUGCCCGCAUCCUGCUGCCUGGCCCCGGGCCUGGCCCGGCUGAACCUGCGGCCUCAGGACCUUGGCCGCUGGCAGAGCAGCCAAGGACUCGACACCUGGAGGCUCUACAGAGGCAGCUGCAGGUAGAGCUGAAGGUCAAGCAGGGAGCCGAGAAUAUGACCCACACGUAUGCCAGUGGCACUCCCAAGGAGAGGAAGCUUCUGGCAGCCGCCCAGCAGAUGCUACAGGACAGCCAGCUGAAGGUGGCCCUGCUACGAAUGAAGAUCAGCAGCCUGGAGGCCAGCGGGUCCCCUGAGCCAGGACCGGAGCUGCUGGUGGAGGAGCUGCGGCACCGGCUACGCAUCGAGGCUGCUGUGGCCGAGGGCGCCAAGAACGUGGUGAAGCUGCUCGGUAGCCGGCGAACGCAGGACCGCAAGGUGCUAGCCGAGGCUCAGGCCCAGCUCCAGGAGUCCUCCCAGAAACUGGACCUCCUGCGGCUGGCCUUGGAGCAGCUGCUGGAGGGACUGCCUCCUGCCCACCCUCUGCGUGGCAGAGUGGCCCGGGAGCUGCGGACUGCUGUGUCUGGGAACGCCCAGCCUUCAGGGACACUCGUGAAGCCCACUGCCAUGACAGGGACACUGCAGGUCCACCUCCUGGGCUGUGAGCAGCUGCUGACAGCUGUGCCGGGACGUUCCCCCGUGGCCGCACUGGCCGGGAGCCCCUCCCAGGGCUGGCUUCGGAGCAGGGCCAAGCAGCAGCGUGGCGGAGGCGAGCUGGCCAGUGAGGUGUUGGCCGUGCUGAAGGUGGACAAUCGCAUUGUGGGCCAGACGGGCUGGGGGCCUGUGGCCAAGCAGUCCUGGGACCAGACCUUUGUCGUCCCCCUGGAGCGGGCCCGAGAGCUGGAGAUCGGGGUGCGCUGGCGAGACUGGCGGCAGCUGUGCGGCGUGGCCUUCCUGAGGCUGGAGGACUUCCUGGACAAUGCCUGUCACCAGCUCUCCCUCAGCCUGGUGCCGCAGGGGCUGCUCUUUGCCCAGGUGACCUUCUGUGACCCUGUCAUUGAGAGAAGGCCCCGGCUGCAGAGGCAGAAGCGCAUUUUCUCAAAACGCAGAGGUCAGGACUUCCUGAGGGCUUCCCAGAUGAACCUCAGCAUGGCGGCCUGGGGGCGCUUGGUCAUGAGCCUGCUGCCCCCCUGCAGUUCCCCAAGCACCAUCAGCCCCCCGAAAGGGUGCUCCCAGACCCCAGCCACACCCCGGGGGGCCGCCGCCCCUGCCUCGCCCAGUAAUUUCCCGCCCAAGAAGACCCCCUUGCGAGAAGAGAUCCAAUCCCCACCCAAGCCACCGCGCCUCUACCUGCCCCAGGAGCCGACCUCCGAGGAGAUGCCAAGCACCAAACGCCCCCACAUGGAGCCCAGGACUCGACUCGAGCCAUCUCUGCCAGCCUCAGCCACCAGGAAACCCCCCCGGCUUCAGGACUUCCGCUGCUUGGCCGUGCUGGGCCGGGGCCACUUCGGGAAGGUCCUCUUGGUCCAGUUCAAGGGGACAGGUCAAUACUAUGCCAUCAAAGCGCUGAAGAAGCAGGAGGUGCUGAGCCGGGAUGAGAUAGAGAGCCUGUACUGCGAGAAGCGAAUCCUGGAGGCUGUGGGCCGCAUGGGGCAUCCCUUCCUACUCUCCCUCCUUGCCUGCUUCCACACCUCCAGCCACGCCUGCUUCGUGACCGAGUUCGUGCCCGGUGGUGACCUCAUGAUGCAGAUCCAUGAGGACGUCUUCCCUGAGCCCCAGGCCCGGUUCUAUCUGGCCUGUGUGGUCCUGGGGCUGCAGUUCUUACAUGAGCAGAAGAUCAUUUACAGAGACCUUAAGUUGGAUAAUCUUCUGCUGGAUGCCCAGGGUUUCCUGAAGAUCGCAGACUUUGGGCUCUGUAAGGAAGAGGUUCUUGUGGAUGACACACCAUGCUGGCAUCAGUGUGGAUGUUGGUUUGCAGGGAUCGGCUUUGGGGACCGGACGAGCACCUUCUGUGGCACCCCGGAGUUCCUGGCCCCUGAGGUGCUGACCCAGGAGGCCUAUACGCGGGCUGUGGACUGGUGGGGGCUGGGCGUGCUGCUCUACGAGAUGCUGGUGGGCGAGUGCCCGUUUCCAGGGGACACCGAGGAGGAGGUGUUUGACUGCAUCGUCAAUGCGGAAGCCCCAUACCCGCGCUUUCUGUCGGUGCAAGGGCUUGAGCUCAUUCAGAAGCUCCUCCAGAAGUGCCCCGAGAAGCGCCUGGGGGCGGGGGAGCGGGAUGCCGAGGAGAUCAAGACACAGCCUUUCUUCAGGACCACCGACUGGCAGGCCCUGCUCGCCCGAGCCGUCCAGCCCCCGUUUGUGCCCACCCUCUGCGGCCCCACAGACCUGCGCUACUUUGAGGGCGAGUUCACGGGGCUGCCGCCUGCCCUGACGCCGCCUGAUGCCCGCAGCCCCCUCACCGCCCGCCAACAGGCUGCCUUCCGGGACUUCGACUUUGUGUCCCAGCGAUUCCUGGAGCCCUGAGGGCCUCCCGGGCUCUCUACCCCCUGCCCCUCAGACGGUUGGAACCUCUGCUUGCCCGCCUGGGAGCCCUGGUAUUGAUGAGCCCUUGGGACUCAAGGUGGCGGCCACGGGCUGCUGUUGUGGGCUUUGCUGAGUCACCGGGCAAAGUGCUGCCUCCCCUCCCUUCUCCCGACCACCUCUCCCCUGCCCGCUGCGAGACCUGGACCCGAAAGUGUGGCACAGCGAGGAGCAGUUUGGUUUGUUUUUUGAACACUUGACUUGCUUUAUGGAUUAUUAAAUUUAUAAAACUGUG